AUGGAAGAGGAAGUCGCUGCUCUCGUUAUCGACAAUGGUUCGGGUAUGUGCAAGGCCGGUUUCGCCGGUGACGAUGCGCCCCGGGCUGUCUUCCCCUCCAUUGUCGGUCGCCCCCGUCACCAUGGUAUCAUGAUUGGUAUGGGUCAGAAGGACUCCUACGUCGGUGAUGAGGCACAGUCGAAGCGUGGUAUCCUUACCCUCAGAUAUCCCAUUGAGCACGGUGUCGUCACCAACUGGGACGACAUGGAGAAGAUCUGGCACCACACCUUCUACAACGAACUCCGUGUCGCUCCCGAGGAGCACCCUAUCCUCUUGACCGAAGCCCCCAUCAACCCCAAGUCCAACCGUGAGAAGAUGACCCAGAUCGUCUUCGAAACCUUCAACGCCCCCGCCUUCUACGUCUCCAUCCAGGCCGUCCUGUCCCUGUACGCCUCCGGUCGUACCACCGGUAUCGUCCUGGACUCGGGUGACGGUGUCACUCACGUUGUCCCCAUCUACGAGGGUUUCGCCCUCCCCCACGCCAUCUCUCGUAUCGACAUGGCUGGUCGUGACCUUACCGACUACCUCAUGAAGAUCCUUGCUGAGCGUGGUUACACCUUCUCCACCACCGCCGAGCGUGAAAUCGUCCGUGACAUCAAGGAGAAGCUCUGCUACGUCGCUCUGGACUUUGAGCAGGAGCUCCAAACCGCCGCCCAGAGCUCCAACCUCGAGAAGUCGUACGAGCUUCCCGACGGUCAGGUCAUCACCAUUGGCAACGAGCGUUUCCGUGCUCCUGAGGCUCUCUUCUCGCCUUCCGUCCUUGGUCAGGAAGGUGGUGGUAUCCACGGAACCACCUUCAACUCCAUCAUGAAGUGUGAUGUUGACGUCCGUAAGGAUCUCUACGGCAACAUUGUCAUGUCUGGUGGUACUACUAUGUACCCUGGUAUUGCCGACCGUAUGCAGAAGGAAAUCACCGCUCUUGCUCCUUCGUCGAUGAAGGUCAAGAUCAUUGCUCCUCCUGAGCGUAAAUACUCUGUGUGGAUUGGUGGUUCCAUCCUGGCUUCUCUGUCCACCUUCCAGCAGAUGUGGAUCUCGAAGCAGGAGUACGACGAGAGCGGCCCCUCGAUUGUCCACCGCAAGUGCUUCUAA